AUGUCUGACACACAGUCGGUGAGAACUGGGAGACCACCGACGUUGCAGCCGUCUCUAGACAUAUACGACGACCAGAAAUCUGCUCUGAGAUCUGCCGGAUUGAAGCAGACAUCCCUCAGCAAUGUUGCUGCUGGUCAGAACAAGAAGUAUCGGCCCAAGACUACGCUGCUUUCGGGGAUGGGAGUUGGAAUGGGUCUCGGCAAUAGUUCGGCCCAGAGUAUAAACUCUAGUGGUUCGUUUUAUGCUCAACCCGUUGCAGGACCGGGAUUUCAAGCGCCGAGAUUUCCACAAAGUGGAUCUACGAUGUCGUUGAACUCCACAUCGUCCGGAUAUCAACAGCAGCCAGGCCAAUUCUACCAGCAUCCUCAGGGACUACAGCCACACUAUCAGCAGUACCAACCACACGCACAACAAGAUCCCCAUCAAUACCAGCAGUACCAGCAGUACCAGCAACAAUAUCAGCAGCAACACCAGCAGUAUCCUCAGCAACACCAGCAAUACCAACAGUAUCAGCAUUAUGCAAAGCCUUCCCUACAGCCUGCACAACCAAUCAACCAACACAUACGUCGCCUGUCCCAGCAAAGAACGUCGUUUCCGGCAUCACCUUCACUCAAUCGUAGAUCGUCAGUGAUUUCUGCCCUAGUGGAACAGACUUCACCUUCCAGAGUGGCGAGUUCGUCGCAUGGUGCGAACGAAGGCCAGUACACCCCAGAAUCACUCAACGAUCUCGAGAUGAGUAUGGAACUUGGUGCGCAACUGGACCGGGUGUUCAAGUCUUCGACGAAGGAAAAAGAAGAGUCCGCCACGACAUUGGAGCUGCAGAGAGAUCUAGACGAGACGAAGGCCGCCGAGGCCAGCCUUUUCAAAGAAAAUGAACUAUUGAAGGCCCAAAUUGCCAAACUCGAGGAAGAGUCUCAGAAUAAAACGCUGGCCCACAAUGAUGAGACCAGCCUGCACUCAGAUAAUGAGAGAUUACAUCACAAGGUUUCAAGCCUCGAGGAACAGUUGGUCAUUGCGAGUUCAAGGAACGAAGAAUUGGCAGCAAAGGUCAAACUCGAGGCCAAGAUGACCGGUCAAAAUCAGAGCUUGAAACUUCAGGUUAAGAGCAUGGAAUCUCAUCUUGACGAGGCCACCAAGUUGAACGAGGAGUUUGCGAAGAAGAUCUCGGAAUACCAGGAAAAGUACUCAUCGGCCUUGAAGACGAUAGAAGGUCAGCAAAAGCAGCAUUCCGCUGUAUUGAAAUCACAUGAUAGCUUGAAGAGAGACUAUGAGCAGUUGGAGAAGGUCCAGCAAAACUCUGUAGCAGAUCUCUUGAACCUGAGGGUUUCCCAUGAGAAGCUCCAGAACGAACAUGUUGCCAUCUCUGAUGCUCAGAAGGCAAUCGAAAGUACACACGAAGCUCUGGCAAAGGAAAAGGCAGCCCACGAGGACUUGCAGAAGGAACAUAGCAGCUUGAAGCAGAUACACGAAACCACCACCCAGAACUAUGAGCUUCAGGUCAAAGAGAACCAGAACUUGAAGACCAAUCUGGAAUCUCUGGAGGUCUCGUUGAAAACCAAGAACAAGGAACACGAAUUCAAGACCAAAACGUUAGAAUCCACACUGAAUGAAUUUAAUACAACCAGGGACAAGCUCGAAGAAAUGGGUGUACUACUGGAAGAUACCAGACACCAGAACAGGACUUUGAGAACAUACGUGGCAGGAAUAAUGAGGCAUGUACAAUCCAAAACGAAAGAUGAAAGCCUUUUUGAAAGCAUUAUCGAUAUAGAAUCUUUGGGAUACGAGGAUUCGGAACUGCGUGCUGAAUACAGUGAUAUCAAAAAGGCCCUCUCCACCGCUAAGGAAGAGCACGGCGUCAAUGUGUACGAUCAAGGAGAGCUGUCUAGCAUUCAGCCACACCUUUUGCAGGUGUUCCGAGAGGAGGUAAGACGUCUCUCGUACCAGUUACAGCUUGUGAAUAGUCAAAAACAGGAGCUAGAGACGCAAUACAAGAAACAGCUCGCUUUGGAGAGGAAGACCCUAAAACUGGUCAGCGGAGCCUUCAACCUGGCUCUGAAGGAAUCCAAUGUUGUGCGAAAACACACUACCGGACUGCGGACAAUCACUGUGGUUCCUGUGCUUCCUAAUUUCCAAAGGGAAAUGGAUACCACAAAGACAAUAGAGCCAUAA